AUGAUUAAACUUGUAACGUGCCUACUUACGGAUACAUCAACAUCAAGCUUGUUGGAAACAUUAUCAAUUGGGCUUUAUCCAGCUCCAACAGUACCUUUCAGUCUUCUCUUGGGAAAUGUGUUGAGCGAGUGCCACUUGCAUUUUGCAAAGAAUGAUGGACACAGAAACUUCGCGAGUUACCAAACUCUAGAAUAG